CGGAUAACGGUCAUUUCGCCCUUCUCCUGUUAGCUCUCUCAUGGGAGGCUUUAGGGCCAUGGAGAUCACCCUGAGACAUGCCCACUUUUGCCUCAGAUGCUCCGAGCUUAGCAGCCCCUCAUACCCCCUUCUGCCGAGAGGCUCAUCGUUCCGUCGAGUUCGUCUUAUUGCUAGGAGAAAUCUUGCUGUGUCAGUCUCCAAGAGUUCCUUUCCAGAAAGUGAAGUUGCUCGAGAAGAUGUGUUGCAGAUGUUUUUGAAGGACAGACAAUUAAAUGGAGAUUUUAUAUCUAAAGUUUCAGACUUUCUAUGGAGCAAGGAAAAUAUUGAAUUUGCUGAAUUGGAAACGAACACCUUGAAGGAAGAUAAUCAGUAUCAUGAAGAGGUGGUAGAGACUGACAACAAUAGUGGGUUUUUGAAGCUUACAAGAACCAGAGAGUGGGUUUCUGGACAAAGUAUUGCACCGGCUAACAAGAAAGAAGUAGCUAAGAAUUGGCAGAAUGAAAGCGAGAAGCGAAAGAAACUCAACCUUCUAAAAUAUGAAGCGCUUAAGAGGGAACUACUGGUUUUGACAAUAGGAGUUGGAGCAGCCUGCAGUGUGUAUUGUUUGGUCGUCUUUUCUUUCCAGGCUGCUUUUAGUUAUGCUUCUGGAGUCCUCUUCAGUUGCUUGUACCUUCAGCUUUUGUAUAAUCAUGCAGACAACUUGUCAAGGGAAGCUAUUCCUGAGAUCUUUAUGCAGAAGAAAAUGAAAAGAAUUGGAAUAAGAAGCGAGGACUUAAAGAAUGUUUUGGAGAAGACAUUGAGUGGAACUGCUGUUGCACUUUCUUCUCCCAGGCUUGUAAUUCCUGCCGCAAUAUAUGGAUUAUGGGCCUUCUCACAACAUUUUCCCAAUGGUUAUUUUGAUUUUGAGCUCGUUCCAGGGAUGUUUGGGUUUUUUGCAUAUAAAGCUGCAGCAUUGAUUCAAGUAUACAGAGAUAACGAGGACCUGCACUUGAUAUUUCCAGAUGAAGAGGCAGAAAGUAGCUGAAAAAGCAUAAUACUGGAUUAUUGGAGAUUCUAAUGCUUGAGUUGUGCUUGGUGAAGUUAUCGAACGGGUGUACGAGGAAAUAUUUUCAUGAAAUUGCAACAACUCUCCUGAAAUAAAGCAAUCGAAGCUGCAAGAAAACUGCUGUGAAUUCUGCUACUCUUGCCUUUUUCUAGUCAUGAAGUACGAGUUGCUGACCGACCAGGGGAAGAAUUUAAGCUUUGCGCAUUAAUCUUCAUGUAAUCUUGGUGCUUUUAAGUGGUCAGAUCAGGCAUCAUUUAGUGUAAGUUGAUUUCAGUUUGUACCCCUGAUGGACACAACCUUUAUCAUUUAUUUGUCAUGUUGUCUUUGGUCAACCUUGUAGUGUUAUUGCAAAACUUGAUUGAAACUACCUAAUGAAUAGAGAUGUGAAGGCAUCCUAA